AUGAUCUGCCUCCUCGGCGCCCUCGCGCCCGCGCUCCUCGUCCCCGCAUCUCCGCCUGUGCGAGCGCGAGUCGUGCGCAUGAGCGAGACCGACGCCAAGGCCGCCUGGCUCGCCAAGAACCUACCGACGUGGUCCGGCGCGGGAAAGGUCUCUGCCGACUCCUUGGCCGAGGGGCAGGCCGUGCCGGCAUGGCUCUCUGACGGCCUCGGCAAGGUCUCAACGUGGAGCCAGGCGGCGGGGGCGCUCCGGCAGGCGGCGGCCGAGUUUUCCGCCCUCGCAGAGGCGUGCGGCUCUGGCGAUGACGUGGCGUGCGCGACGCUGACGCGCGAGGAGGCGUCGAAACGCGCCUGGCUGGAGAGGCUCGACGCGCCGACAUGGGCCAAGACGGCCUCCCCGGCGCCGCUGGCGGCGCUCUCGGAAGCCGAGGCCAAGGCCGCUUGGCUGGCGAAUGCGCCAUCCUGGGGCAAGGCGGCGACAGCACCCUCCGAGCCGGCGGCAGUGCAGGCGGAGCAGGCGGCGGCGGCGGCGGCGGAGGCAGAGGCGGCCAAGGCUGCCUCUCUCCCCUCGCUCUCUCACACCGAGGCGUGGCUAGCGAGGCUCGAGGCGACGCCGUCGUGGCUGGGCGAAGGUCCGGCGGCGGCGGCGGCACCGGCGGAGGCGGAGGCGGAGGCGAAGGCGAAGUGGCUGGCGAGCCUCGACGCUCCAUCAUGGGGCAAGGCGGCGGCGGAGCCGGCAGCUCCCGCAGGGCCGGCUGCAGAACCGGCGGCACCGGCAGCAGCAGCGGCGGCCGAGGAGGCGGAGGCCAAGGCUCGCUGGCUGGCGAGUCUGGACGCCCCAUCGUGGGGCAAGCCGCGGCCGGCGGCGGCGGAGGCGGAGGCGAAGGCGAAGUGGCUCGCGUCUCUCGACGCGCCGUCGUGGGGCACGCAGGCGGCGGCGGCGACAGCACCCUCCGAGCCGGCGGCAGUGCAGGCGGAGCAGGCGGCGGCGGCGGCGGCGGAGGCAGAGGCGGCCAAGGCUGCCUCUCUCCCCUCGCUCUCUCACACCGAGGCGUGGCUAGCGAGGCUCGAGGCGACGCCGUCGUGGCUGGGCGAAGGUCCGGCGGCGGCGGCGGCACCGGCGGAGGCGGAGGCGGAGGCGAAGGCGAAGUGGCUGGCGAGCCUCGACGCUCCAUCAUGGGGCAAGGCGGCGGCGGAGCCGGCAGCUCCCGCAGGGCCGGCUGCAGAACCGGCGGCACCGGCAGCAGCAGCGGCGGCCGAGGAGGCGGAGGCCAAGGCUCGCUGGCUGGCGAGUCUGGACGCCCCAUCGUGGGGCAAGCCGCGGCCGGCGGAGGCGGAGGCGGAGGCGAAGGCGAAGUGGCUCGCGUCUCUCGACGCUCCGUCGUGGGGCACGCAGGCGGCGGCGGCGACAGCACCCUCCGAGCCGGCGGCAGUGCAGGCGGAGCAGGCGGCGGCGGCGGCGGCGGCGGAGGGAGAGGCAGAGGCGGCCAAGGCGCGAUGGCUCGCGACUCUGGACGCUCCGUCUUGGAGCAAGGCGCCGGUGGUGGCGGCGUCGGACGUAGCGCCCGCCGAGCCCGCCGAGCCAGCGGCGGCGGCGGACGCGGCACCCACCAGUAGCGACGAGUGGAAGCCGGCCUUCGGGUUGGUGACGGAGGCGCAUGCUGCGGGUGCGGCGGCAAAGGUGCGGGGCUUUGUCCUCGCCGAGACCCUCGCGGAGAUGGCCGCCUACCUCGAGUCGAAGGGCUCUGCGGGCGGAGUCUGAUACCGCCAGGCGCCGGGCGCCCUGAGUCUGCUCGGACGUUUCUUUGGAGGCUGCAUGUGAGUGAGGGCAGGAGGGCGAGAGUGUGUACCGGCUGCCCCGACAGAGUGCUGGGAGACAUGGGAGCGGCGUGCGAGCCAGCAGAGAGGGGUUGGACUGACACUGUGAAAUGGUGCCGGCGCCGACACCGCGGUCCGCGCGGAACCAUGUCUCUUUGGCCAUGAUACGUGAGGUAAGCUUUUGGCUAGAGUCUAGACAAACCGAUGUUUU